GGAAAACGUAAACAAACCCCGGCAGUCUAUAUUAAUAUUUUAUUUAUAUCUAGAAAUGGCUACAUUUAAGCCCAAAUUCAUUAAGCCAGAUACAGAUGAUGCCAUAUCGGAUAACGUAGGAGGUGAUCAGCAAGCCUCUACAUUUGUUUUUAAUUCCAAUCACAAUCUGGGAAUUUUGGAGCAGCGUGAGAAAUUGCCUAUUCGUCAGUAUCGGGAUCAAAUUCUUUAUUGCCUAGAACAGUAUCGGGUAGUCAUAUUAGUCGGAGAGACGGGCAGUGGAAAGAGCACUCAAGUACCACAGUAUUUGUAUGAAUUUGGUUGGCACACAAAAGGAUUAAUUGGUAUCACGGAGCCAAGGCGAGUUUCGACGGUCACUUUAGCCAAUCGUGUGGCUCAGGAGCGUGGUGAACUUGUCGGUGACACAGUGGGCUAUGUGGUGCGCUUUCUGGAACGUGUCUCCACAGACACAAAAAUCAAAUUCAUGACCGAGGGAAUUUUGCUGCGUGAACUCCUAGGAGAUCCAUUGCUAACUCAAUACGGGGUGAUUAUAGUUGAUGAGGCACAUGAGCGAAACAUGCUUACUGAUAUGGUCUUGGGUUUGUUGAAAAAAAUUCUAAAGAAGCGCAAUGAUUUAAAAUUGAUUAUAAGCUCUGCCACAAUUGAUGCCAGUUUCUUUAGCGAAUUCUUCAACUGGCCAGGAGCAGGCAAAGAAGUAAGUGUUAAGCUUACCAUUGAAGGACGCAUGCAUCCAGUUAGCAAUUUUUAUCUUAACGAGCCCUGUGCAGAUUAUGUUAAAGAAACUGUUGAAACUAUAUGGAAAUUGCAUCAGCGAGAGCCACCUGGAGAUAUUUUAGCAUUUCUGACUGGUCAAGAGGAAGUUUUGGAAGCUUUAGAUUUACUUAAAGAAUAUAUAGCAAGCUCAGAUCAAGACAAUCUUAAAGUUUUGCCAAUGUAUGGAAGCAUGAGUAGCACAGAUCAAUUGGCCGUUUUCUUUACUCCUCCAAAGGGAGUGCGCAAAGUUGUCGUGGCCACCAAUAUAGCAGAGACAUCUAUAACGAUUCCUGGGAUUGUUUAUGUGAUUGAUUGUGGCUAUGUCAAGGUCAAAUGGUACAAUCCAACGACCUGCAGUGAUAGUUUAGUUGUAGUACCCGUUAGCAAGGCAUCGGCUGUGCAGCGAGCUGGACGUGCUGGCCGCAUGCGACCUGGAAAGGUUUACAGAUUGUUUACAAAAGAGGAUUAUGAGGGCCUGGCUGCACGUCAACCGCCUGAGAUGCGACGCAGUGAAAUGAGUGGAGUCGUACUUCAGUUGAAAGCUCUAGGCAUUGGAAAUAUCUUACGUUUUGAUUUUCCUUCACCGCCACCGGCGAAAAAUUUAUUGGCGUCAUUAGAAACAUUGUAUGCCCUCGAUUCAAUUGAUGAGCAGGGUCAGUUAACCAAGCCUGUGGGUUACCUUAUGGCAGAACUCCCAUUCACAGCCAUGAUAUCAAAAAUGCUAUACAUAUCUGGCCAAAUGGGUUGCUCCGAAGAGAUUAUAACCAUCAUAGCAAUGCUCCAAGUUCAGUCCAUAUUCUCGCGGCCACCCUCGGCGGCUGCCCAACAGAGUGGACGCAUUGCCCAUCGACAUUUUGAAGUGGCCGAAGGAGAUCUCAUUACAAUGCUUAAUGUCUAUACGGCGUUUGUGGAGGAUGGCAUGACCAAGGAGUUCUGCGGUCAAUAUUAUUUGAUUUAUCGCAAUCUGAAACGUGCCUGCGAAUUGAGAGAUCAGCUAAUUCGCCUUUCCCAGAAAAAGUAUGGCAUACCCAUCUUCUCUUGCAAAGGAGAUGUGGAAAUGGUGUGCAAAUGUAUAACAGCUGGAUUCUUCACCCAAGUAGCCUAUUUGCAUCAUUCGGGCGUCUAUAGGCAAAUCAGUAGUGGCACGGAAUUGGCAAUACAUCCCAAUUCUACAUUGUAUACCUUGCCCCAGGCCCAAUAUGUGGUCUACGGCGAGCUAUUGCAGACAACCAAGUUGUUUAUGAACCUUUUGACGGUAAUUAAAAAGGAAUGGCUAACGGAAUUGGCUCCACAUUACUAUCAACAGACCACUGUGAGGGAUUAACAUGAAAUUGAACAUUUAAUUAACUCUUAUCAACAUAGUUAAAAGACUUAAAAAUUAACUUAAAAACUAAUUUUCAAAUGAAAAAUGUAAAUCCUGGGAGGCGGGUUUAGCCAGCAGCUACACGUCCUCGUCCCUGGAAUAACAUCAUGGACUCUGGGCCACGUAUUACACGUGACAUCAGCUCCCAGCACAUCUUGGCUGGCAAUAAACUGGAAUUGAAAAAGCGAAUAUCAA